AACUCAAAGUUCCGUCUCUAGAGCAAAAACGAAACUCAUUCUCAUUUGUGAAGGAAAAUAAUUUGGUAAAUUGUUUUAAAUCAUUUUCAAAAGUAAUGGCAUCGGUGGAAACCCUGUACAAAGAACUGACCGUCGAGUGGUCCAAGCGUCCCGCCAACCUUGUAAAAUGCGGCCAGCUGCUGGAUCAACUGAAGGUGGCCCUUGUAAAAUUGGCAUUUCUACCAACAGACGGCGCAGAUGCCCAGAACUCGAAGAAACAAUUGCUGCUGGCCCGUAGUGUCCUGGAAAUAGCCGUGGAGCAUAGUGUCCUCAAAAAGGAACUGCAGGCCUUUGAACGCUAUAUGUCGCAACUUAAGUGCUAUUAUUAUGACUAUGCCAAGAUAAUUGGAGAAUCUGAUUGCAAAUAUAAGCUACUAGGCCUCAAUCUUCUGUAUUUGCUAUCUGAGAAUCGGGUAUCUGAUUUCCAUACGGAACUGGAGCUGCUGUCGGUGGACAUUAUCCAGAACAAUCAAUUCAUUCGUCCCAUUUUGGCCUUGGAGCAGUAUAUCAUGGAGGGCAGAUACAAUAAGAUAUUCCAAGCAAAUUCCUCAAUGCCAGCGGAAAUAUACAACUACUUCAUGGAUCUCCUAGUGGAAACGGUGCGUGACGAGAUUGGGGCCUGCAUUGAGAUGUCGUAUGAGAAAAUCUCCGCCAAAGAGGCAGCCAAACGUUUAAAUCUACGUUUGCCCGAAGAGAUGAAGGCAUUCGGUGAGAAGCGUCAUUGGAAAUUGGAAAGCAACGGCAACUACAGUUUCACAGAUCGCAGCAUUAAGCCUAAAGAAUUGCUACCGUCUGAGGAACUGGCGGAGCAGGUACUCAGCUAUGCCAGAGAUUUGGAAAUGAUUGUUUAAGCAGCAGUUCACUUUUAAUUGUAAUCAAAAUAAUAAUAAAUCCCUUUUUUUGUAAUAGA